AUGAGAAAACAAAAAUUACACAAUCGGAAAAAGAGGAAACCAAUGAAAGAUCAAUUCAAUGAUGAUGAUGAUGAUGAUGACGACAUUUUGUUUAGCACUCAUGAGGAAAAUAAUCAUUCAGACGAAAUGGUCCUCUCCGAUGAUGAUGCCUCUAUCGAGGACUCGUCAAUACCGAUUAUCCAUAUUGCAAAGCCUGCACAAUUUUUUGAAAUUCCUCUUGUGCGGUACGGCCAAGAGUUGUACAUGCCACUGGUUUAUGCAAAAAGAUUUUUGAACAUUUCAUCAAGGGAAAUUUACUCCAUGUAUGGACGGUUUGAAAAAUUGAUCUCUCUUACCGAGAGAGUCUGUUUGAAUGGAAAUGAAAUGAAAGUAUUAUCGGAUUUGAGUAAGAGAGAAGGUCUCGAUCGAAGUUUGCAUAUAAAAAGCAAUAGGAAUGGAAUAUCAUUAUUUCAAAUCGAAAAUUUGGUGAAAAAAGUUGUAAAAUUGCAGAGAGAUCACAAUUCACAAGAGAAUGCUGAUGAAGAAAAUGUACAUUCAAAUGCAGAGUCUUUAUUAGUUCCAGAAGAUUAUUCCAUAUCUUCUCAUCUUGACUUGCAUCACUUUAUACUCAAUGUAGAUAAUAAUAUUAUUGAAUCACUCAAUCGCAAUAUUAAUAGGGAAAAUCCUGAAGAAACUGUGGAAGAAGAGAGUGGAGAGGAAAUACAAAGCGAGGGGAGUGAUGACGACAGCUACUCAACCACAUCCUCACUUGACGAUGAUAAUGACAAUGAAUCAAACAGUGUUUCCAAUGUUAAACAUACUCUCAGCUCUGUGUUGGAAGAAUGUGACAAGAAAAUUAUUGACACUUGCCCACUGCAUCAUGACGGUGUGAAAAAAUUUCAAAAGCUUUUGGUCAAUUUAUCCAAAGAAAAAAUCUCUAAUGUGUUUGUCCCGUUGGAUUAUUGA